GGUCCGUCCCCCGCCCGCCCUCCGCCCUCCGCUCUCCUCCCGCUCGCCGUUAGGGAGGGUCUGCGCCUCAGCCACUGCUUCAGUCACCGCUCCUGCCCCCUCUUCCACGUCUUCGCCGCCGCCACCGCCGGGGGCAUCCGGGGGUCGCUUACCGGGCUGGCCCCGCGCCGCAGCCGUCGCUUCAGCGUCCCGCCAGCGGCCGCCACAGGAGGAGGCUCGCCGGCCGCGGAGCCACCCGGGGACUCAGUUCUCGCUCUAUUGCCGUCGCCGCAGGUCCUGGAGAAGCGGCCGCGGCCGGGGGACGGGGCGUCGCGGUUCCAACGAUUAACUGCUGAAGUACUGAUCGAGUUCUGCGUUUCUUCAAUGAGGAACUACAGGCUGAUCUUCUGCCAUAAUCUCAAACAGCCAUAAAUGACAAAAGAAUGCUUGCUCAGUGAGGGUAGCUGGUACAGAAGCCAUUUUUUAAACUUAGGUGUUUAAGUACUCAAAGAAAAGACAGCUUUGAUUUCUGGCUGCAAAAAAGAUAUGAGGAAGAGCUCCUCCCCUUCCUUGAGUAACUGCAACUCUGUUCUUGCUAACAAAAUAUUUGGAAUUCCACUUGAUGAGCUGCAGCAGGGAGGACAUCCAGACAAUGAGGUUCCGUUCAUAGUCCGCCACGUUGUGGACUAUAUCGAGGAACAUGGAGGUCUGGAGCAGCAAGGACUUUUUCAAGUCAAUGGAAAUGCUGAGACAGUGGAGUGGCUUCGACAGAGAUACGACAGCGGAGAAGAGGUGGAUUUGGUUAAGGAAGCAGAUGUUCCCUCAGCUAUUAGUCUUCUUAGAUUUUUCCUUCAAGAACUUCCUGAACCUGUUAUUCCUGGCAGUUUGCAUAUUCACUUGAUGCAGCUUUCUCAAGAUUAUAAUAAUGAAGAUGAAUUUGGAAGAAAGUUGAGGUUCCUUUUACAACAGCUUCCACCUGUUAAUUACAGUUUGUUAAAGUUUCUGUGUAGAUUUUUAGCCAAUGUAGCAUCACAUCAUGAAGAAAUUUGGUCUGCAAACUCUCUGGCUGCUGUCUUUGGUCCAGAUGUCUUCCACAUUUACACAGAUGUGGAAGAUCUGAAAGAGCAAGAAAUAGUGAGCAGGAUAAUGGCUGGACUUCUGGAAAAUUACUAUGAGUUUUUUGAGAAUGAAGAGGAAGAUUUCUCAUCUAAUGAUUUGAGUUCAAUUACUGAACAGGCAGGUAGCAGCGUUCUCCACAAGCUGGAGUCUGGAGAGCAGGCAUUUCACGAGGCCCUAGAGAAGGGAAUUACAGCAGUCAAAGAAAGAAGAGAUGUUAAUGAGCUUUCUGAGGAAGAAGAGGAAGAUGAAAAGCUGGAACAUAUAGAAGAACUUCCAGAAGAGGGUGCAGAAAAAUCAAGUGAUAUGGCAGAGGUGGUACAGUUAAGGAUGACUGAAAACAUCCUGGAACCAAAUAGUGUUACAGCAUCAACAAGUGCCCAUUUAUCUCCCAUCAGCAUCUUACCAGCCUCUGCAGACAUUUUAGAAAGAACAAUUAGAGCAGCUGUGGAACAGCAUCUUUUUGAUCUGCAGAGCAGCAUAGAUCAUGAUUUUAAGAAUUUACAACAGCAAAGUCUGGUGUGUAAUAAUGAAGCAGAAAGUAUUAAUUGUGAUGGGGAAGGAUCUAAUAACCAGGUUGAUAUUGCUGAUGAUAUUAUUAAUGCCAGUGAAAGUAACGGAGACUGUUCAGAACCUGUGGCUAGCACUAAUUUAGACAGUGAAGUUAUGCAGCAAGAUUUUGUAUUUGAGGAUGAAGAAAAUAACCAGUCUGUAGGUAUACUGUUAGAGCCAUGCAGUGACCACGGUGACAGUGAAGAUGGCUGUCUUGAGGGGAAAGAAUAUGUGUCAUUUGACAGUGAUACAUUGUCACACCUGAUUCUGGAUUCUAGUAGCAAGAUAUGUGAUUUGAAUGCCAACACUGAAUCAGAAGUGCCAGGAGGUCAAAGUGUUGGUGUUCAAGGGGAAGCAGCAUGUGGAACCCAAAUUCCACAUUUAGAUCUGAAGAAUGUUUCUGAUGGUGAUAAAUGGGAAGCGUCAUGCCCUAUCACUUUUCCCCUCAUUGAUUUCAAAACAAUGCAUCUGCAGAGAGAUGGGGAGGAGCCAUUUCCUGCUUUUAAGUCUUGGCAGGAAGACUCUGACUCUGGAGAAGCUCAGCUCUCUCCACAAGCUGGAAGAAUGAAUCAUCACCCCCUGGAAGAGGACUGUCCCCCAGUAUUAUCGCACCGUAGUUUAGAUUUUGGGCAAAGCCAGCGUUUCCUUCAUGACCCAGAAACACUGGAUUCCUCAUCUAAGGCACUUUCUUUUACUAGGAUUCGAAGAUCAUCCUUCAGUUCAAAAGAUGAAAAAAGAGAAGAUAGAACACCAUAUCAGUUGGUCAAGAAACUUCAGAAAAAAAUUAGACAAUUUGAGGAACAGUUUGAAAGGGAAAGAAAUAACAAGUGUUCCUUAAUUUUUCAGCCCUCCUACAGUGAUAUUGCGGCCAAUCCAAAGGUAUUAAAAUGGAUGACAGAGCUUACUAAACUGCGGAAGCAAAUUAAAGAUGCAAAACACAAAAGCUCUGAUGGAGAAUUUGUACCUCAGACACGCCCACGUAGUAACACUCUUCCAAAAAGCUUUGGCUCUUCUCUAGACCAUGAAGAUGAAGAGAAUGAAGAUGAAUCCAGGGUUAUUCAGAAGGAGAAGAAGCCAUCUAAGGAAGCAACACUUGAACUUAUUCUGAAAAGACUGAAAGAAAAACGUGUUGAGAGGUGUCUUCCAGAAGAUAUCAAAAAAAUGACAAAAGAUCACUUGAUAGAAGAGAAAACUUCUCUCCAGAAAAGUCUUCUUUACUAUGAAAGUCAACAUGGAAGGCCGGUGACCAGGGAAGAAAGACACAUUGUGAAACCUCUCUAUGAGAGAUACAGACUUGUAAAACAGAUGCUGACAAGAGCUAGCAUCACUCCUGUCCUUGGAUCUCCAUCUACCAAGCGAAGGGGUCAGAUGUUACAACCAAUCAUAGAAGGAGAAACUGCCCAUUUUUUUGAAGAAAUCAAGGAAGAAGAAGAAGAUGGUGUUACUCUGUCCUCUGAGCUAACUGAUAUCUUGAAAACUGCUGUGCAGGCACAGUCUUCAUUGGAAAACUCUGAAUCUGAUGUUGAAGAAAAUCAGGAAAAACUGGCUCUGGAUCUCCGAUUGUCAAGUACUCGAGCAGCUUCUAUGCCUGAAUUACUGGAACAACUUUGGAAAGCUAGAGCUGAAAAGAAGAAGCUACGUAAAACGUUACGGGAAUUUGAAGAAGCAUUUUAUCAACAGAAUGGAAGGAAUGCCCAGAAGGAGGAUCGUGUUCCAGUGCUUGAGGAGUACAGGGAGUACAAGAAAAUUAAAGCCAAACUUAGGCUUCUUGAAGUUCUUAUCAGCAAACAAGAUUCUUCAAAAUCCAUAUAAAAUAUACUUCUUGAAAACAUCAUAAAAAUCAGUUGUAUUCCCUGAAGCAAUCAUCGUGUGUACUUGGCUGGUACUUGAGUUCAUUUUGUCAGGCACUCAGAAAGUAUCACUUUGUACUUGGUUGUGGUGCCACUAGAGAAUGAUGGGAGGGUAAGUAGACCCUCUCUAGGGAGCGUGGUGUUCCAUAUUAACCACAGACUGUCCUCUUCACCUUUAGCAAACAUCAGUUUUCUUCAUUGUUUUGUACUACAGACACAUCCUGUUAGCAAAAGACUAGUACUUUAUUCUUUCAACUUCAAGAACUUUGGAGAUACAAGCUUUUUGUUGUUACCAACUUUGCUUUUAUUAUUAUUUUUUUAAUUACUGAAGAAAAUUGAGAGGAACAUCUUCACAUUGAAUUCUUCGGUUGCCUUUUUCUUACAGAAUGACUGAAAAUUUGAAAGAAAAGCCUAUAAAUGUGCACAUAUGCAACUAUGUCUUAUGUUUUCUUAGAAAACCAAACUCAAACUGAAAUUUCAAGUCCUACUGUGGAACACAUUUCUGUUUAAUUUCCAAAGUGAAAGUUUCUCACAGGUAAUAUGUUAGCAAAAUUUUGCAAUUCAGUGGUCACACAGCUCCUGGAUGAAGAUAACAGAGGGCACACCAAAAAGUGACCUUGUUUAUUAGUAUAGUGAACACACACACCACACAUCACACACAGAACUGAAUCAUUUCACAUGCUGCCUAUGGGACAUAAGUUACUGUUUGUUUCCUCAGUUAUUCUUUUUGAGCUGGUGAUGAUGUGAUUUGUCUGCAUCAGAUCCUGUACUUUUUCCUCCCACCCACCUCCAGAUAAUGUGAGAAAAUAGCCAUGUCUGUGUAGGAACACUGAUGGUGCUCAGAUUUGUGUGUUCAAUCAGAUGGGCCUAAUUUGGCAAAAGAGUCAUUAUGCGUGAAUCAAAUCUGUUCUUAACAAGGGCUAUACCACUGCAUUUUUUACAUGUACCUUCCGGGGGUCACAUCAUUUUUUUUUUCUCUUUUAAUUGGCAAAAUCCGUGAAGAAAACAUCCUCUAACAGGACCACUUUGGCUCAGCACAUGCUAUUUAAAGCAGCUGUGUAGUGGUGUUCAAAGAUGUCUAGUGGUAUGCCCUUGUCAUAUACUCUAAGCUGAUUUUUUGUUCUUUGGCUUUGCAUGGCUUUCCUUCAAGUACUCUUCUGGUAUCAUUCUGCUCAUCGUUUUCACAGAAUGGUGACUUUAUUUGGGCUAACAGUAGUAAUAGCAUAUUCUGGUCAGGCUUAAUCUAAGUGUUAAUUCUUUUCUUGGUGCUUUUUUGGAUUGAUGAGUGUCUCACUUUGUGCCCAUGGUUUGCAUGCAUUGACUCAUGCGUGAUUUUCUUAACUAGCUAAUAUUAACAGUUCCAUGUAAAAAUGGACCUCUGCAACAUUCUUUAAUAAAAGUGAGGGAAGCACGAACCUCAGACUUGCAGCACUAUUACAUAGUAAGCACAUGAAGUAGCUUGAUAAUAAGUAGUGUUUCUAGUGUUUCACAUUUCACCUAUGUGUGCAAUGCCUUUUUCGGGGGGAGGGAAUGUUCAUUGGUGGUGAACAUGUAGUUUUGCUGGGGAAUAAAGCACUAAAUCCAGCCCUUUUUGUGUGGUUUCCUUUUGGUAUGCCUAGGUUGUUCAUAACGUAUACCUAGAAAAAUGAAAUUGAAAAAGCCAAAACAAGUAUCAUAUCACUUUGAUUUGAAUCCAGCAUGCAGUGUGCAUUUAUUUCUUUCAGUCUCCAGACAGGAGUGUAUCCAAACAUCUAAUUUAAUGUGCACUGUGUAUUGUUUUAUAUGAAUGUUUAUAUAUACCACAUGCAAAAAUGUCCAUAUGCACUAUUUAAAUGUUUUAAAUAAUAUAUUCCUUCUUUAUAAUGCUAAAUCUAUAUGAGUACCAUAUUUUUAUAAGUCAGUGGCCUGACUGGUUUCAUUUUAGAAUUAACAGCUGCUUCAUGGUGUUGAUUAUUCACUGUUAAUGUUUGGCUGCGAGUAGAAUAGAUAAAAGUAGCAUGGCAGCACUUACGCUAUGUGACAGUACUUGUGUGUCAUAGUUGAGCAGUAGGUGGUAGAACUAGGCAGUUUGUGAUGAGUUUUACUUUGGUACAAGUAAAAACAGUAUAUCUAUAUACAAAUAAUAUAUAGAUAUAUAUGACCACCAAUAUAAUCGCAUUGCUGUGUCUGGCACUUCAUUGUAUAGACUUUUGUAAUAAAAGAACUUGAAUGUUCUA